GAAAAUGACAUUUCAACUCCAGACACGCUGUAGCGAUGCCAGCACAAUAUUAAAGCGCAGUAUUAGUCACUGUGGCUUCUUAAGGCAACCUUACUAAUAAAAAAUAAGUUUUAUUGAUUUUAAACGUCGGAAGGAAGCUGUCACCUCCCUGUUGCUUUGCUAUAAAGCCGUGCGCUCCACUCUUUUGGUUUGACACGGAGACGCGCAGCGGAAGCGCGCAUUGAAGAACUGUAUUAUAUGUGGAGGAUAGUGUUCACAUACACACACAGCUGAGACAGAACACAAACACAUACGAUUUUAAACCAAAUUUAUUCGACGGUAUAUUUUCAAGUGCUUUGGGGAAAGGAAGUUACUGGUUGCAACAUGAAAUUUUUCCUACCGGUUGUAGUUGUUUUUCUUGUUUUGUGCCAAGUUUUUGGUGAGGAAUAUGGUCCGAAAGAAGACCCCGAUUACUGGACGAACAGCAAUCAAAUUCAGGAUGAGUGGCUUCAGACGGAUCCAUUCAGAGAGAUACUUAGACGCAUGACAAGGAAACCCAGACCACAUCAGUUCAUCGGUCUGAUGGGGAAACGGUCAUCUGCCAAUGCACAGAUUACACGAAAAAGGCAUAAAAUCAACUCUUUUGUUGGGCUGAUGGGUAAAAGAAGCCAAGAGGAACCAGGUGAGAACUCCAAAACCUCUACACUAGGUUUAGGAUCAUAGACUCGUAUGAAUGGGGAACAGUACAGAUCUACGACAAAAGGCGUUAACAGCUCGAAUGGAUCACCGUCACAUCUGCUUCCGAAAGGACCAUUUCAUUCUGUGAUUCUCAUUUCCCCUUUUUCAGGUCGGAAUUCCAAUAAAAAAGAAUAAUUUCACAUCGUGGUGAUAUGGCAGAGCCGCACCUGUGCCGGUUUAUUUACGGAUCAAACAUUAACUUUAAUUUACUGUGAUCAAAUGUGUUCAUGUCAACAUCUUUCCAGGUGUGGUGGAGCAUUAAAGCAAAGCUGUGUUCUCUCAAAAGUUUACACAGAUAUUUGCCUCGACAUAGUGCCUCAUAGUGUUUGCACCAUGACUGAUGAUGUGCUACAAAUACGACUGAAUACCGAUGUACUUCACAUACUAACAGUCUGGGUGUGUUCUGAUCCUCAUAGACUGUGCAUGUUUUGUCACUGCAUUGAGUAAGGGUUUUGGUAUCUUGAUAUCUCUGUGUGAUUGUAGCGUGAUAUUAAAACUAUUUUCUUUA